UGAUUUUGCUAUAGAAAUGGAAGUGGCCCGGGGUGGUAAUGUGCCGUCCAACUCAACAGGGGGCGGUAGAGCACCUUAUAGUAUAUUGUCAACCCCUGUUAAAUUAUCAAGAAGAAGCCAGAACCUCUCGCUGGAUGUAACUGCAUCGAGACAGAAAUAAAUAUUGUAAAUUAAAUUCUUUAAAUAUUGUUUUAUCAGUUUUGCACAAUGAGCGGGAUACCAGGGACCGCCGUCGUCCAGGUAACCAACUUGUCCUCGGCCGUGAGCAGCGAGCAGAUGCGCACCCUGUUCGGGUUCUUGGGAGACAUCGAGGAGCUGCGGCUCUAUCCGCCCGACAAUGCCCCUCUGUCUUUCUCGUCCAAAGUGUGCUAUAUAAAGUACCGAGACCCCUCCAGUGUUGGUGUGGCGCAACAUCUCACCAAUACUGUUUUUAUUGACAGAGCUCUCAUAGUAGUGCCAUGUGCGGAAGGCAAAAUCCCAGAAGAGGCCAAGGCCUUGUCACUUUUGGCACCUGCCGCCCCGGUGCCCAGUGUGAUUCCUGGUGGGGGACUGCUGCCAAUUCCCACUCCAGCUCCACUUCAGAAUCUGAAUCUUCCCAUCGUGAAUCGGAUUUCAGCUGCUCUGGACCCCACAGCAUCAGCACACAACCAGCCCCCCCUCAUGGGAAAUGUGGAUCCCUCAAAAGUCGAUGAGAUCAGGAGGACGGUCUACGUCGGCAACUUGAACUCACAGACCACCACUGCAGAUCAGCUGUUGGAGUUCUUCAAGCAGGUGGGAGAUGUAAAGUUUGUGCGAAUGGCCGGAGAUGAGACUCAGCCGACGCGAUUUGCCUUCGUAGAGUUUGUCGAGCAGGAGUCUGUUGCUCGAGCCCUGACCUUCAAUGGAAUCAUGUUCGGAGACAGACCGCUGAAGGUAAAUCAUUCCAAUAACGCCAUAGUAAAACCCCCAGAGAUGACGCCACAGGCUGCUGCUAAAGAGCUAGAAAGUGUGAUGAAGCGGGUGAGGGAAGCCCAGUGCACCAUCGCUGCUGCCAUCGAACCCGCGGACAUAAAGAAACGCUCCUCCAGUCGGUCCAGAAGGUUACGUCGGUCCCGCACACGCUCACGUUCCCGCUCACACUCAAAGUCGCACAGGAAAAGGUCACGCUCGAAACACAGACCGGCAGCAAAGUCUUGGCCAAGAAACGACUCCCACAAUGCCCGAAGCGCCAACAGGAGGCGCUCUCGCUCCAGAGACAGGAGACACAGUCGCAGUCGAUCAAGGGGCCACAGGAAGAGGAGUAAGGAUCCGUCGCGGAGCCCUCGGAGGAAAGCCAGAUCACCCUCGCCAAAAAGAGGUAAGAAAGACAAGAAGAGGGAGCGCAGCAGGGACAGAAGGGACUGUUCCACAUCCAGGAAGAGGAGCCGCAAGGACGAGGACCGGAUAAAGAGCAAGUCCAAGCCAAUGAAGGUGGAAAGGGACUACGACAGAGAAGAAAAGGAGGACUAUGAAAGUGACCGAGAAGGCUCAGUCGCACUCAGUGAGGACAUGAUGUCAUCACCCUGCGCCCAGCAUAACGGCAGCUACAAGUCCCACAGUGACGAGUACGCAUCUGUGGGUGCAGACAACUCCAAGUGACUAUUACAGCACCAUGUAAACUAAUCAAUCGCAUGUGUAUACGCUCACAUACACCAGAUCACCACUCACAACAGCGUCAUCAUCAUCAUCAUCAUCAUCAUCUCCCGUCGUACAACCUGAUUUUUACAGCACAUUCUCAGCAACACAUGCAUCCUGUAAUUCAGCUCAUUUUCAGAAUCCCACUUAAAGGGCAAGUGAGCACUCGGUUCAGCAGAGAUCGUCCCAUCUGUCCUGUUUUUAGUAGGAAAGAUGAAGAUUUUAUCAUGCAGAAGGUGCACAGGUGCAAGUAGAAGCUUCCCAAACACAAGGUUGUUCUGUUAAAUUGCAUAAUAUUUUACAGCUGAUAUUGUGUCCACCUACACACAGUAGUUGGUGUGAGUUAAUUUCUUUUGUUGGGUCGCUUUCACAUAUAUAGUCUGACAUUCUUUUUCUAUUGGACAGAAUAUGUCAGGGAAAGAGCUGGAACUUUUUCGCAGACUUUAAUGUUUUCUUGGAGUUUUUUCACUUUUUUGCAGCAUUGAUCUGCUGUGCAAUUGAAUCCAUCUAUCGCUAAAUAAUUUGAAGACUUUGUUGUUUUUGUGUGAUCGUCUGACUUUUAAUGUCUUCAUUAGACCACGUCUGUCCACGAGUCAUUUUUCAACCCUGUUUGUCUGAUAUUGACUCUCAAAUUUCCGCCCAGAUUCAACCCAGAAUGCACUGUGUUUUGGUUCACUUCCUUCCUUUGGUUCACACUGUGUUGUCACCUUCAGCAAAAUUAACUCUGGUGCACUUGGAAGCAAAUAGAGACCGUGAUAUAUAUAUAUAUUUUUUUUAGAGGUUCUAUGGUCUGUACCAGAGUUUAAGCGUUCACACCAGCAAAAACCAAACAGACUAUCCGACAAAACGCACCAGAGUUCAUUUUAAACAAACCAUACAUCUCAGGUGUGAAAGCACCCUUAGUCUUUCUGUAUAGAUCCUAAAAAUCAUCCCACCCCAGCAGAGACGGGGAAGAUUAAUGUGCAGGCACUGAAGCAGCUUCAAAGCUUUUAAAACUCCUCAUAAUCUCGUAGCAGAGACAACAGGAAAAGCAGAAUAUUUGAAUCCAGAUUUUAAUUGUAGCUUUUUCCUCUGACACAUGGAUAUUACCUGAUGAAAAAAAAUCCUCAUUUCGCCCUCCAUCCUGCAGUGACAUCCUGACCACACACUUUAAUAGUCCAAAAAGCCUUUUAAUGCCUCUUAUAUGUUUCCACUGCUCUGCUCGGCUUGAGUCACUAUUUUUGUACCACUAUUCAGUACACCUUCAGUGUGUGUGGAAUUUUCAAAUGUACAGCAUAGUUUUGCAGGCUGCAAUUUAAAAAAAAAUCUGUAUAUACUAUUGAAUGUAGCUUGGCUAUUUAAAAAUGUUUGUGCAAUUUUGUGCAGGAUGUCACACUACUGACUACAAUUCUCUUUGACCAAUCGGUGCUCUGCAGUAUUUUAACUCCACCUUCUAGUAUCAGUUCAGCACACAUGCAACCUCAAUCAAGGUGGUACCAAGAAAAGUACCAGAUAAUGGGUACUGUCAACAUUUUUUGCCCAUAAAAAACAAAAUAGAGUGUAAAUAUGUCAUAAAAUCAUCAGUGUUUAUACUACUGUAGUAUGUAUGCAUUCUCCUAAGAAAUGUUUUAUCUUCAUAUUGCAAAAAGCAAUAUGCAGCAACAAUCUACAGGGACAGGGAUAAGCUGUAUCAUAUAUUAUGCAUAAUUUAUUUGUGAGAUUAGAGCAGCAAAGAGUUUUAAUUGUUUCUGUAUGCUAAACAAGUUGGAUUCCCAAAUGAGUCGGUGAAACAAAAAGGAGCAAACAAGAGUAAGGGUGCAAAAGAAGUGAAGACAUUUAAUCUGCUCAGUAUGUGCACAAAUGCGGGCAUCAAAAGAAAAAAAGGCUAAUCUAGACUGCAACGCAUUUCAAGUUUGUUACACUUCUUCAGGCAGCUUAAUACAAUUUGUUGACAUUUUAACAGCCUCCUUUUUUCAAUUUUGCAUGUCUGAGGCUGUCUUACAAUCUAAACUACAUCAGUUUAAACAUGGCUCCAAAUAGUUUGAAUAACAACUAGGACAUGCUUUCUACCAGAACUAUGCAAAUCCACCUCAUACCUAACAUCUCGUCACCCAUACCUGUAUAAAACUGCAAAGCGAGGAAAGAUCUGUUACUGGAGUCCCUGAAUCUCACCCAACCUAAAAAAUGUGUAUUUAUAAAUCAAUAUAGAGCUACAGCUCAUAGUUAUCGAACAGGUUAAUGUUUUAAGAAUCGUUAUAGUUUGUUCGUAAUGUCUAUCUGUCCACACAGAUGCUUCUGUCUGCCUCUUGAGGGUAAAGUAACUACAGUUUCAGAUGUAACUGACUGAAUUCUGAGCAGCAAAAUUUUGUUUUUAAGGCUGUUUCACAUGAGAUUCUACUUCAGGCACACCAAAAAGCCACAGAACCACUAAUCAAAACAAAGCUCUUACCGCUUUAUUGGUUAAAUACUAUAAUACUGAUACUUUUAGUCGAAAUGUUCUUCUCUUUGACAUUUUUUGACAGCUUGUGUAUGGUUUUUCCUCUUUAUUCUGCUGCUCUGGCUUGGUGUGCCUCUGACAGCAACUUCCCAAUUUUUGCAUGCGUAAGAGUGAAACUAAUGGUUCAUUUCAUAUUUACACAUUUCUUCUAGGUGUCAGAACAUAACAGCCCCUCUUAGUGUUUGGAUAAAAUUAAAACAGUAAAAAAACAAACAAGGCUUGCCCUAUCUCACACUGUUCCAAUUUGAGGUGGUGUUCUUUUAAAUUUUCCCAAUCUGAAGCCUAUUUUUCCGAUUUUCCCAACAUCACAUGAAUGUAGCACAAAUGCCCUAUGUUGCAGUGUUAAUAAAAGUGUAAAAAUACUUAGUGUAUCUGCCCUUUUAUUCAUAUCUGCUCCAAAAUAUAUUGUAUUCUUCCUACCCUGAACCUUCCAAUAGGUUUCAUGAAAAUCCUGCCUGUAGUUUUUCCAUUCUCCUGCUGAAAAACCUCCUUGGCUGAGGUAAAAAUGCUCAUUUGCCCUUUUGUGUGGUGUUAAACAGUGAUAUGAACAAGUUCUCUGUUCUGCACCAUUUCUCUCUGUCAACUUGGACGUCCUGCAAAAUAAACACUGUUAAUUUUAAGACUUGAAGUGCUGUGAUGAUAAAGCAGAAUGGUAUUAUACUGUUUAUGUUUACGUGUAACACUAAUAUAUAUAUAUAUAUGUAUAUAUAUAUAUAUUUUUUUUUUUUAAGAUCCAUUUCUCAUUUGGUCAAUACAUGGGUUUUAUUUUCUGUUUUUCGUGGUUGUACAUUUCUUUGUUUUUUUAUACUUCUGAUUGGUUGCAACAAUGUAUCAUCUUCCUUUUCUUGUUAUUGGUGUAAUGCUGUGAGAUAAAAAAAAAAAAUAUAUAUAUAUAUAUAUAUAUAUAUAUAUAUAUAUUUACGGUUUUAUAGAUUCGAAACAAGCCUAUACUGUAAAAACAACAAUGAUGGUGGUGUGCAAAAUGUCUGUCGGCUCAUAUUGCUCAACAAAGUGAGAUGCAACCAGCGGUCUCGAUGUCAGGUCAACUGCAAGCACAGAAGGGUCAAAAAGUGCCUAGACUCAGAUUGUACAGAAUAUUCUAAUAAAAAAAUGGAGACUUAUUGACAGAUGCAACCUGGAUUUAUUGUUUAGGAUGUUAAAUAGCUAAAAUUAAUGAGAUUUAUAUCUCAUUACUUACUCAUUACUCUAUUUAAGUAUUGUCUUUAGUAAUUAAGUAGAGUAGAGUGAGUAGAUGGAACGUUAAUGGGACUUCUGUGGAUUUGUCUUUUAUUUAAAUAUUUGUCAUUUUUCGGUGUUGCGGUUUCAGUUUGCAGUAUCGUGAUUGUGUCAAAAAUAUUUCUGCAAACUGGGAUCUGUGUUUAAGUUUUGAGGAAAGCUUGUUAUAUUUUUUAAAGCUUUACUUUAAACAGGAGACUUAAAUUCCACCUCGAUGGCUUUUUGCAAAACUUGAUUUGAUUGUAUGUUUUUUCCUGCUUUUCUUUUACGUACACAAAGCUUCAGUUUGAAGUGGUGAGCUUGUGACAAAGUUUAGUAAAAAAAAAAAAAAGCAUUUCCAACACUAACAGUAUGUAAAGAAUUUUAUUUUUUAUAUCCAUGUAUCCACUAUGUGUUUGGUAAAGGCUGUAAACUAUUCGUGGUUUGACUCCUGGGGGGAUUGGGCACUUAUUCGGGACUUGAUGUAAAAGCUUUGGUAACACUUUUUUUGAAGAGCUUGGGUGUGUGUUUGUGGUCCUCCUCAGUUUGAAACUAACGAUACAUCUGAUCUGUUUCCAAAAAACACUCAAUAAAGAAACUUUUCAUUCA